AUGAAGAAAUGUAUUAAGAAUCGUGUAGAAAAGAGAAAAGGACUGAUCGAUAUAGAUAGUUUAAUUAAAGAUAGAAAAUUUGUUAUUAUCGAGCAACACUUAAAUGAUAUAUUAGAUUGCGUGAUAGAAUCUGAAUUCGAUGUCCGUAUACUGGACGAAGGUGUUCUGAAACUGUUCAGACUUGCACAACUAGCUGUUGAGUACCAACAAUUCUGUCGACAUUAUCUAGACCGCAGCGUCUACGUAUUGCGAGAAGAAAUAACAUCAUUAGCACAGGAACUGGAUACAUGCAAAAAAGAUCUCAGAGAAAAGGAUGACGAAAUACGAAGACUAAGAAAGAGAUCUAGACAUAGUUUUAAAACUCCGUUGCCAUAUGGAAACGAUAAUAUAGCAACUAUGAUUUUAAAAACUCUAUCUCAUAAAAGCGACAUUUUCCCGUCAACAUCGAACGAUAUGCUUCAGUAUAACAAAUGUAAUUAUUGCGACAAAGUAUUUUUGAAUCAACUUUACCUUAAAAGUCACAUAUCUAGACGACAUUCAAACGUCAUUGAGCCACCCCAAAGAGAUAUACAAGGAGAGGCUACAAACCUCGAAAAUACAAAGUUAAGCGCUGAAGUCAAUGAACUCAGAAAUAAAAUAAAAGAAAUGGAAUUACUUAUUGAUAAUUCAAAAAACCCUGUUAAUACAACAGUCAUAAAUGAAGGACCCUCGAAUAUUAGCAAUAAACCCCAAGAAAUCAAGAAAGACAUGAGAGAUGCUGAAGUAUCAACCAACAACGAAGAUUACUUACUAAAUAAGAUCGCCGAAUGGAAAAAAGAGGAACAUGAAAAUUAUAAUAAAGAAAUGGAUAAAUUAAAAAACCAAAUUAUCGAGUCCAUCAAAACUUUUAAAGAGAAAGAUGCAGAAUCACCUGUUUUAGGUAAUCCAAAUGCAGUAUUGGAAUUACAAGAAACAAUUAAACAACAAGGUGCUCAAAUAUUAGCUCUCAAAAAGGAACUUCACGAGUCGAGAUUAAAAACAGAAAAAGACAAUGCUGAUCGAAACAAAGAAGUUGAAGCUCAAGUGUUACUUUGGUCUAGCCGCGCAGAGGCUCAAUCUAAGCAAUAUGAACUAUUGCUUCAGAAAUUAAACGAUGUUGCUAAAGAUGCUAGAGAAUCCCGCGCUCUUGCAGAGGCGGAGAGGGAACGAGCAGCUCAACUACAAGUAUUAUUGCAACAAAGCGCAAAAGUUAACAUAAAUAAAAAUGUAGAAAGUAAUGAUGAACAGCCUACAACUCCCAGCAAAAAUACGACAAACGUCAACCUUCCCAGUACAAGAAAGAAGCCCAUAAAAAAGAAGACGAACACAAAUCAAUCUGAUCAAGAAGCUAACCGACAAACCCUAGAAAAGCUACACCGCAAGGCACAAGAACUGUUAAAUACUGGCUCUAUAACAUCCAGCUCUUCGGACAUCUCAAGUAUGGAGAAUGACAAGCCUGUUGUAAUGAAGCCUAAGGACGUAAGAGGAAUUGCUAAUCAUAAAACAGAAUUGUCCAAUAGACUCAAAACUACGGAAGAUAAACCUCAACAAACGUUAAAUGCACAUGAUUUCAAGAUUUCAAAUACGAAGGCAACAAAAACAAAGAAAGAAAAAACAAAAUCUAAUCACGUCAAGAUAACAAAAGAGGCAAAUUUACCAAGUGUCAACCCUGGAAGCCCGCUAAAAAUAGUAAGAGCUAAGAUAACUGAAGAGGUGAACAAUCGUUUAGUGUCAGCUGGUGUGGAUCCUCUUAAACCUAGACUCCCUCGAAGUGUGUUCCAAAAACAACGUUUACAAAUACACCAGCAGCAAGAACUAAAAGCUAAGAUAAAUUCUGCCCAUGAAAAAGUGAGACAUAAAAUAUUGGCUUAUUUAGAUUCAAGUACAACAAAUGUAAAGAAGGAAGUUACUCAAGUACAGGACUACGUAUCUCCAACAAAAGCAACAAAACCUUUCAAAAACUUGACAACUGUUAUAUCCAAUGUCAGGUCAAAAGCCUUAUCCCUGGUUAAACUUAAUGACCCUAACGUGAAAGAUAAGCGUAAAUCGCUGAACGCUGAAGUCGCAAAACGCGCUAUGUCCUUACUGAGAACUCCCCCAGGGUCAACAUCUACCAGUCCAGUUGCUACGAAGCGUAGUCCCUUGAAGGAUUUUAAUAUCAAACGUAACGUUCCUCACAAAACUUUAAAUGCGCCCGUAAAAAGAGAUCCCGAAGUCAAUGAAGUGAAAAGUAAAGGCAAUGAUCUUAAACAUAAUUCUCACAACACGCAACAAAAGGUCUCCAGGAUUAGUUCGGAAGAUGGCUCUGAUGAAAGCGAUCAUAAAUAUUACAAUACAACGAGUAGUGUACAGCAAGCAUCCAAAUCUAUCGACAGUUUGAUAAAAUCACCUGCACGAAGACCUUCUUCCGCGGCUGCUGACUACAACCACACUGUCAAAAAAUAUACAAUCAGUGAUGAUAGCCUGCUACGCACGCAAUCGGCCACUAGUCUGAUUGAGCGACCGUUGGAUUCAAAUGGAAUCAGUAACAAAUUACCUCUCAGAAAUAGUGAAAAAAGCAGUGACGAAGCGGAAUCGUCGAUAGACAUUCCGGUAAAAAAAUAUGAUUUGGAAGAUAAUACCCAAAACACUAUAAAACAAACAAAAAGUGUUUUAAAAAAUGCUAGCUCCACAUCUUCUUUAAAUAAGAAGAAAGUUAUUUUCGAUAUGGAUGCAAUCCAAAUGAAAUCCGUGAGUGCAUCACCGUCCCAAAGCAUUACAGAAAAAAGUGAUGGCAAUGAGAAGUAUGAACUGGGAUUAGUUAACCUCGAUGGUGAAGAAUGGGAUAUUUCUAGUAUCGAAAACGAACCACUGAAAAAUGACACAAAAAUCCAACAAAAUAUAAUUCGCACGACAAGUCCGAAGAUUGCAGAAUUAAAAGAAAAAAUCGAAUCCCAACUAGCACGACGUAAUGACACUCCGACUGCUCCACUCGUUGGAGCUGUAGACGUCUUGGCUGGCUCUAUGGGGAAAGCUGCAAGUUUAGCAGGUAGCAAUACUAGUCUCGGCAGUUCCAUUUUAGAUGAUUCUGAAAGUGUACCAGUAAUGAAUCACAAAACCUAUGUUAAACCUAAACCAAUGAGAGUUGCCGCUAAAGACGAAAGCGACUUGGACAUCUCAGAAUUUAGCAUGGACGGUAUAGUUAAUAAGAAUGAGUCUUUUUGAUUGUAUAAUUAAGUUUAAGCGAAGGUAUCGAAUUAGUGCCUAAGUGUUUUAAUUUAUACCUACAAA